CCAACCAACCACUGCACUUUUCUUAUUCAUAAAGCAUUUUUGGCAGAUUCUCCCUUCACCACUUAUUCAUCACCUCAAUCCUCCUCUCUUCUUCUUCACUCGCCUCUGUGUUGGCUCUGUUUCAGUCAUCCAUGGCGAUGAAGAUGGCCAUCACAGCUUCCACCAUUCCCAAACAUCACCCACCUCCUUCUCUCCCUUCUUCCUCUCACAGAUCCGAUUCCAAGUCCCAAUUCCGUCCCAUCUCCGUUUCUUUACCGGCCUCCACUACCCUCUCUCUCUUAGCCCUCUUCUCUUCUCCCUACGACGCUAGGGCUCUCAACAAAGACCAAAUCGUCUCUUCUCUCAAUGAAGUGGAGAAGACGUUUGAUCAGGUUCAAGAAAUGGGUUCGAAUUUCUUUGAUAUUGCGCAACAGGUCUUUGACUCUGCUACAAAUGUUUUGAAACCGGGUGUUGAUGCGGCGCUGCCGAUUGUCAAGCAGGCUGGAGAAGAGGCGCUGAAAGUUGCUUCUCCAACGAUUUCUGAGGCUUCAAAGAAAGCCCUAGAAGCACUUCAGGGCUCUGGCAUUGACACCGAACCUGUUCUAAGUGCUGCUAAGACAGUAGUAGGUGCAGCACAACAAACAGGUAAGGUCAUUGAAGGUGCCAAACCUAUAGCAUCAUCGACCGUCGAGACGAUCUCCACGGCCGACCCUCUUGUAAUUGCAGAAAUUGCUGGUAUCUUAGCCUUGGCAUACCUGCUCUUUCCUCCAAUUUGGUCUGCCAUCUCUUUCAACUUUCGCGGCUACAAAGGUGAACUCUCUCCUGCUCAAACACUUGAUCUAAUCUCGUCGAGCAAUUACUUUCUGAUUGAUAUACGAUCCGAGAAGGACAAGGAUAAGUCUGGCAUUCCUCGCCUUCCUUCUAGUGCUAAGAACCAGUCAAUUGCCAUUCCUUUGGAAGAACUACCAAACAAGUUGCGGGGCAUUGUCCGAAAUGUAAAGAAACUAGAAGCUGAACUUUCAGCCAUCAAGAUUUCAUAUCUCAAGAAACUUAACAAAGGCUCCAAUAUAGUGAUCUUGGGCUCGUACUCCGACUCAGCAAAAGCAGUUGCCAAAGCACUAACAAGCCUUGGCUUCAAGAACUCCUGGAUCGUAACUGAUGGGUUUUUAGGUAGCAAAGGUUGGUUACAGAGUCGGUUAGGGACAGAUACAUAUAAGUUUUCAUUCGCAGAGAUCCUUUCGCCAUCCCGAGUCAUCCCGUCCGGAACCAAACGUUUUGGGACAACCUCACUGACAUCUGCAUCUGGUCAAAAAUUGCUUCCUGGUACUGAUUAAAGUUUUGGCUAUUCAUGCUGGUUGUCACACAGGUUUUCUGCCCACGUACCAUAGGAUCUGUAAAUUAUCCCCUAUGAUUCUUGAUUUGAUUGUCUUUGUAUGUGGCCUCAAUUACUGCUUGCGGGUUGUAUAAUGGUUAAAAAGGUAGAAAUAGCAUCAUAUUUAGAUUCA